UAAAAAGAGAGGGAGAGUACUCGAGUAACGUUUCCGAACGCAGCAUUACUCAUAGGGUUGCGCGAAACCCGAUGAAUGAUCGGGUCGUUUUCUCUGACGAAGCGGAUGGAAAUGUUGUCGGAAUCAAACAAAGAAAAAUCCACGCGGCUCAAACCUGGAAACCAAAUUCUGUGUCCUGAUCUCACCGACGUAACAUUGUAUAACUGUAAACGAGUGAUGCAUUAAAAUCGUGUGCUUUAUGGAUAUAAGUUUUAUAUUACUGUGAAUCGCCGCACCGAAAUGAACACCAACAGUAACUCAAACUCAGCUGAUAAUGCUGUGAACGGAUAUAUGAAGAAAGAUUUCGAGGAUAUUGAGAUUCCAAUGCCAUGGGGUCAAGUAACAGGAAAAUGGUGGGGACCAAAAGAUAAACAGCCUAUUGUGGCAAUACAUGGCUGGCAAGACAAUGCGGGAACAUUUGACAACUUGGUACAAUUAUUGCCAUCAAAUAUAGCUAUACUGACUAUAGAUUUGCCUGGUCAUGGCUUGUCUUCUCAUCUACCAGAUGGACUAUUCUACUAUAUAUUUUGGGAUGGGGUUCUUGUAUUACGCAAAUGGUGGGGUCCUAGAGAGCUCCAACCAAUAGUGGCACUGCAUGGUCGUCAGGAUAAUGCAGGCAGUUUUGACACGUUGAUACCAUUGCUGCCCAAAGAUGUUUCCAUUCUUUGCUUGGAUAUGCCUGGGCAUGGUUUAUCCUCGCAUUAUCCAAAAAGUCAAUUCUAUUAUGUCUAUUGGGAUGGUGUCAUACUUCUUCGUAGAAUUGUUAAACAUUUUAAAUGGAAUAAGGUAAGCCUCCUUGGACAUUCAUUGGGUGGUGCCAUAUCUUUUCUAUAUGCAGCAUCAUAUCCUGAUGAAGUCGAUCUACUUAUAAGUUUGGAUAUUGUUAGCCCAAGCGUAAAAGAUGUGACAAAAACAACAAAAAUCUCUGGAGAUUAUAUUGACAGAUUCUUAAAAUAUGAAGAAUUGGAUAGUGUACCAUGUUAUGAAUAUGAUGAAAUGCUUGAUAUAGUGCAUAAAGGCUAUGAUGGUUCUAUAACAAGAGAAUCAGCAGAAAUAUUAAUGAAGCGCGGUAUAAGACCCGCAUUUUUGAAGGGAAAAUAUUUCUUUUCCCGUGACCCAAGGUUAAAGGUUUCACUCUUAGGGAUGCUAUCCCUGGAUUUAGUACUUGCUUACGCAUCUCAAAUAAAAUGCGCUUAUCUCAACAUUCGUGCUGUUCCUGGGAUGAAAUUUGAACAACCUCAUUAUUAUCACAUGGUAUUAGAAAAAAUAAAACUGCAAGCUAAGAAGUUCGAGUACCACGAAGUGGAAGGGACGCAUCACGUGCAUUUGAACGAACCCGAAAAGAUUGUGCCUAUAAUAGCAAAUUUUCUACUACAGAAUUUAAAACAAUAGAAUAUUAUUUAUUUAUUCAAGUAGUUGCUUAAACUUAACUUUAUUUCUUAAUGAUAAGCAACGACAUCUAAAAGCACAUUGCUACAAAUUUGUUUUUAUGUCUGACAUAAAUGCAUACAUUACAGUUCGUCGAAUUUAGCAGAAAUUCAAUGUUCUAUAAUAUGAUGUUGAAUAUCGUCAAAUACGAUACAAAGAAGUAAUAAAUUUAUUCAUUAUAUUAAUAGGAUUUUAGUGGGACGAAGUUUAAUAAGCGAUUAGUAAUCAAUAGGCUUCAUUAGUAUCUACUUUUAAGUUUAGUUAAAAUUGAAAAAUAUAUGCACAAAAGUUAGAUUCUCAAAUCACUAAACGUUGCUUUCUGCUGAAUGCAAUCAUUCUAUUAUCAUGUAUGACAACAAAACACUUGUAAUGAAAACAAUUAUUAAUGCUUUAAUAAAUCAGAAAUACCCAAGUGUAUUAUUGCAUAAGAACAGAUAAGAAAUCGGAAUAAGUUGAUUUUAUGUUUAUAAUUGUUUUCUUCAAUAAAUAAUUCUUAAAAAAUGUGAAA